UCAUUCAUUAUGAAUACAGCAUCUAGAGAGUCAAUGCAUUGUCAAUGUAAAAUUACGUAGAUCUCUAGACGUCGGAAAACAUCAUUCAUAUAUUGGGACGUGCAAUGUGCAUCUAUUGACAGUUUUCUAGUUCAUCUCACUAUAAAUAAAAUAAUUCAAUAUGUUAGCAGUGAUCAACCGAUUCCUUGACUGGCUUAAAAGCCUUUUCUGGAAGGAAGAAAUGGAGCUCACUCUAGUCGGUCUUCAAUACUCUGGGAAAACAACAUUUGUUAAUGUGAUUUCGUCUGGACAAUUUAAUGAAGACAUGAUCCCUACAGUAGGCUUCAAUAUGAGGAAAGUUACAAAAGGAAAUGUCACAAUAAAGCUCUGGGACAUUGGAGGACAGCCUCGGUUUAGAAGUAUGUGGGAGAGAUACUGCAGAGGGGUGAAUUGUAUUGUAUACAUGGUAGAUGCAGCUGACCAUGAAAAGCUAGAAGCUUCAAGGAACGAAUUACACAAUUUACUGGACAAACCACAACUCCAAGGAAUUCCAGUUCUGGUGCUUGGAAACAAGAGAGACAUUCCUGUAGCGUACGAUGAAAAAGAACUCAUAGAAAGGAUGAACUUAUCAGCUAUUCAAGACAGAGAGAUCUGCUGUUAUUCCAUCUCAUGCAAAGAGAAAGAAAAUAUUGAUAUCACAUUGCAAUGGCUGAUACAGCAUUCAAAGUCAGGGGGUGGUCGCUAGAGUUCUACCCAUCCACUUCUCUUAACCAGCUUCAAAGACGAGAAGACCAAUAUAAAUAUUCAUAAUAUAAUUAUUGUCUAUUGUGUAUAUUAUGUUAGAUAAAUUGGGGGGGAAAGAUGGAAGACAUUUAUAAGGAGGAAAGAGGAGCAGGUAUGAUGCAUCAGGUAAAAUAUAUGAAUGAAAAGAUAAUCUUUUGUGUUUUUGUAUACAGUAACUUUUGUUGUUGUUCUUUUCUACAUCUGUAUUUCAAUUUGUCUAGUUACACAGUAUAUAUUUCAAGUUCCUUUUUAGGUGAGAGGGGUGUUAAAUUCUCCUCAACCUUAUAUAGAUUUGCAUGCUUGUCAAAAUUUUGAAUAAUCUUCAAGAAUUAUUCUGUUUGAUGUAUGACAUCUUUAAAAGAUUAUUUAUGCCUGUUUUUGCCAUCCGUACAUUCAGUUCAAUUUGGUAGGUCUAAAGAUCAUUGUGGAAGUAGGAGAACCUUCAAAUUUAAACUUUUCCUGAAAGGGAACUUUUAGGUUGAAAAUAUAAAAUUAGUAAUUACAAUGUUUGCAACUUGAUUUGUGUUUUACUUUCAUCUACCAUGUAGUUUGUAUUCUAUGCAAGACUGAAUGUAUGUGGAUGAGAUAUACAAUACCUAUUAUUAAGUUUUGUUGCAUACUGGAACCAGGUGAUUCAUCUACAGAGGCUAUUGGAAUUACAGAAAUAUGUUACCAACAGGUUCUAUCAGGUUGCAAGUUUAUUUCUUACAAACAAGGAAAUUAGUCAAAUUGCAUCAAAGCCUGCAUUGGUUUUGUUAAAGAAUAGUCACAGAAUACCUCUCUUUAAAUGAUUUAUAGCUAUCCAUGAAAAAAAUAUAAACAUCCGAAACUGAAAAUCAAUGAAACCAAAAUGUUAGUUAUGUUUACAAAAAUUACUUGUCAAAGGCUCGCUCAUUUACCUUUUUUCACUCUGUUUCUCAUCCUUUACUAUGUAUUCUUAUAUUUUUGCAGUUUUUACUUGCUAAAUUGGUUCAGAAUAAUGACAUUUUGCUUCACUAGCAAGUGCAAUCCAAAUGGAACUGUUGGUAUGGGAUAUGUACAUACAAUCCACCCCAGUUUAUACUGGUACAUGUCAUAGGAUUCUAGUUUUAAGAGUAUCAACAAUGAAAAUAGAAGUGUAUAUUUAUGAGUAUUUGUAAAGAUGUAUGUUGAUGAAAAUAAACUAGCAUAUAUCACAUGAUUGUAUAAUUAUAUGAUGUUUGAAAUUUUGUUUUCAUUAACAUAAUUACUGUAUUCUAAUUCACAUAUUCUGGUUGAGGUGAAAAUUAAAAAAGGAAAACUCAAAUGCAUUUGACAAUAUGAAAUGUUCACAUUCACUCAUCAACUAUUUUGCAAGAAGAAGAAAAAAUCAUCGAUCUAAAUUAGAUUUAAUGAUUUUGGUGCAUGGAUUUUUGCAGAAUGAGAGUGGUGAACACUUUUUUUUGUCAAAAGUUUCUUGUUCAGCUUUAUACAUGUAUAUUAAGACUAGCAAUGAGCAUAAAUUGUUUGACAAUAGAGUGCAUCAACUUUGUAGA